AUGUCGGUGCGAGGUGAAAGCAGGGACUCUACCGAGCAACAAGACGUUGCAAUGGUCGAUGUUACUGAGAUAAGGGACCAUGAUCAAGAUGAUGGAUCUGAUUCUGGCGAAUAUGUCGAAUUUUGGAUCGAUUUAUUUCUUGGGAAGAAAGGGCAUGAAUACUUUUGCGAUAUCGAUACGGACUACAUCACGGAUAGGUUCAACCUUAUCAAUUUGCAGAAGACGGUAUCCAAAUUUACUACUGUGAUUCAAUAUAUGGUGGAUGAGCUUGAAGAAGGGAUCAUUGAGAAUAUAUCGCCGUCUCGUUUAGAACAGUUGGAAGCGGAUGCACGCAAGUUGUACGGGUUGAUUCAUGCUCGUUAUAUCAUUACUGCCAAGGGUUUGCAAAAGAUGUUACAAAAGUACAAGGCUGCAGAUUUUGGCAGGUGUCCAAGAUACCACUGUAAUCAUCAAGCCUUGCUUCCUGUAGGGCUGCACGACAUACCCGGGAUUGAUUGCGUGAAGCUAUACUGUCCUAGCUGCGAGGACCUCUACGUUCCAAAGUCGGCCAGACACAGUGCAAUUGACGGAGCCUACUUUGGUACCAGUUUCCCCGGCAUGUUCCUUCAGGCGUUCCCCGAGAUAUGUCCCAAGCAUCCAACAAAGAGGUAUGUUCCAAAAGUGUUUGGGUUUGACCUACAUAAACAGGCACAGUUGACCCGCUGGCAAGAGCUACAAAGGUUAAAGCUAGAGAAAUGGCUGGUAGAAAAGGGCAUAAGUCUCAGUGAGGCAGGUGGAUACCAGUAUUAG